AAGGUGAAUUUUCUUUUUCUUUUCUUCACAUCGAGGAUACCAUAUCAGGAUUCAGACAAUGGCGCACAUAAAUGCCAAAAUUGCUUCAAGAAUGUAAACACUAACAUUCUUUACACCAUUUCUGGAUUUCGUGAGCAAGACUGUAGUUGACAGACAGGUUAAUGAUAGCAGAUGGUGGCUUGAAUAAUUCUACGUUAUGGGGGAUACCAAACGAAGUGACUACUCGCCGUUAUUGACGCCUUUGGGCUCUGGAUUCAUGACAGAAGAGGACUAUAGAGUGCAAUACUGGCCACAGCUAGAGGGCGCUGUGCAGAUGCUUCUUACGCAGGAGCCUGGGGUCUAUAUGAAAAUAUCAUAUGAGCAAAUGUACAGUUGCGUAUACAAGUGUGUUUGUCAGCAGUUCGCUGAGAGAAUGUACUCUGACUUAUGUAAUACCAUCACAUUACAUCUUCAGCAUAGGGCAGUGCAAUUACAGAACUCUUCUGAGUGUCAAGUACUGGAGCAGUUUCAUCACAUAGUAAAGCAGUAUACUCAGGCAUUGGGUGGCAUUGUACCCAUAUUUAAUUACAUGAAUCGUUUCUACAUAGUACCUCGCAUCAAAAGUGAGCUUAGGGUUGAAUUAAGCAAGCUCUUCAUACAGUACAUAGUGGACAUACACAUAGCUAGAGUACUAGCCUUGCUGGAAGAGGCCCAAACCAAACCUUUUGCAGUGCACCCUAAAGUAGCCUCUGAAAUCACCAACAGUCUCUACUCAUUUAGUCAAGAUUAUGCUCAGCUGAAUCCUGCACUAUUUGCCAAGUACAUCCCUAACAUCCUACCUCCGACAAGGUUAGAAGAUAUCCCCGUCUAUAUCCAAGAAACUCAAAGACUACAACAAGAACUCACUGGGUGUCAAGAAUUUAACAGACUAGGUCACAUACGGAAACGAACCAAUGAAGAUGAGCUGAUAAACAGAUGACAGUACUAGAUGCAUCCAUCUUAACUUAUCAAAUUAUAUCAGCUUCUGUGAGGCUCUACAAUGUCUGUGUGAAAUUUAGUUUUUACGUUUGCAAGUCUGAUGAAAUCUGGGGUUUGGAAUAAGCUCUCACUAUCCUGUUCAACUUGCCUCCUACUCGAUGUCCAUGUCUAUGCUAGAGAAGUUUACAAGGAUGACUUGUGUUGCAAUAAUGUUAUAGGAAUUUACAGUAGCUUUGUAUUAGAGGUUUACACAUAUAUUUUGUAUUUGUUCUAAUCUAAUGAGAAAUUACUAAACAAUUCAAUCACUGAAGGUCACCUGUGAUAUACAAAUUCACUAGCAGUAAAGGCUUCAUGCUUUGUCAGACUGUUGUGCGUGCUCACUGUGCUUGAAGGUCGCUGGCAUAAUAUCAACUUCUCACCAUACCUGGUGCUGUUACUUUACAGUGGUCUGGUAGAAAGGAUUCUUUUGUCCAAGAUCUGCGUAAACGGCCCAGGUCUCUUUUAUUUGUUCAAUUUUACCACUGGUUUUGCUAUUGCUAUUCCUUCUGGGUUUUUUUUGCACUCGCUGGUUUUUGUUUGUGCUACAUAUAAUCAUUUUUGGCCUUUGUGAUGCAAUCAUACAUAGCCCUAUUAUUUUGGAAGAAUCAUAAAGCUUCAUUGUGUUAUUUAUUUAUUUAUUAGACAUGUCAACAAGUAAGUUGCACUUUUUUAUUAAAUCAUUCCCUGUACAUCUGUUAAAUUUAUACAAAUAGAAUUCAUGGCUUUAAUUUUUGUGCAUUUACCUAGGUUAUUCAUUUUGUGUGUGUUUUUAAUUCUGGUCCCCCCCCCCCCCUCCCCUUGCAUCGUAAACAGUUUCAAUUACAUAUUGCAUCAUAAUGGUUAAUUAUGACCUGGUGAGUCAGCACAAGUGAACUUAUUGCCUGCCCUCUGGGCCCUCUUGUAUAGAAAGUUGUUUGUAAAUGCAACUAUAAACAAAUCAGCACAUGUUCCAAAUGUGUGAUCCUGAAUGGUUGGAAAUCAAGUUGUAAUUAGUUGUGAUGAAUUCUUACACUGUACUAUUAGGAGUUACUUAUCCUACGAGAAGAUAGACAUGUAUUUGAAUAUGUUGUUUUAUUAGGAGUUACUUAUCCUACGAGAAGAUAGACAUGUAUUUGAAUAUGUUGUGUACCGUAAUUUAUUGUGUGAAUAUUAUUUUCUGUGUGAGGAUUUUAGUGCUUUGUUUGUGUUAAACUCAGGAUUCUUAAAGUUUUGUUUUCUUUUUCUCUGUGUGAAUUGUAUAUUAAGAAUAUGGAUCAGUAUUAAUUCAAAAGAA